AUGAAGAAUCUGUUCAUUUUGUCAUGUUCUUUUCUUUCUAUUUCUUGCACUAUUCAGCUAACGAACUUCGUCUUCUUUGGGUGCUACAGAAAAGUUUCUUGUAAACUUACGGAAGAACAGUACUCGUUCUACGAUUCCCCAUACGGAGAACGUCGCCCGCUGUUUGCUGCUCCGAGCCAACCUGGCCUGGCUUACCAACACCACCUGCAGCCACCAUACUAUCAUAGUAUGGUAACGACACAACAACCAGCGCCAGGUCCAAGUAUAGCUAAUGGACCUAUAUUUCCUCCGGGAGUAGAACCGCAUCGAAAUCCGUUUGCAGUGCAGAGGAGGCCACCUCCACCACCUGAAGAUGACUCCGAAGCGGAAGGUAUAAACUGUUCGCCAUGCUGUGAUAAUGAAAACGUGAGGUGUGUUGAGUUUCCUUUUCGAUUGAACCGACUUACAAUGUCGCAGAAUUAG